AUGAAGUUUUCUAUUUGCUUCCUUGCAGUGAUUACUACAAGGCUUGCCGCCGGCCGCGCUAUCAUGCCACAGCGUAUCGCGUCAAACCAAACGGCCGUGAAACCUUUCGUGGUCAAUGGGCCAAUCCCCGUCAGGGAAGUCGGAUGUACCGGUGCUGGUUUGAACCUUACCGACUUUAUUGCCGUAAAGGACCAAAUGGAACAUUGGUCCAAUGGCGGAGGCCGAGUCGGCCACAAGAACUGGCACGCCGAAUUCAGACAUGGAGUCGUGUGGUACAUAGGCAACUGCAAGCUAACUUGGGAGGACAGCGUCCCUCGGGAAGAGCUUGAUCAUUCAUGCCCACGCUCUCAUGAACGAAAGAUGCGGAGUUGA